UUUGGCCCGUCUACUCCGUAGCUAUCGCGGUUGAUCCUGACCCAUCCUGACUCGGCCCUCACUUUCUCGUCCCGCCCUCGUCUCAUUACCGUCUCUCCGCUACGACGUCGCUUGAUUCAACGUGGAGACUGUGAGCAAGUAUAUAGGAAACAUUUGCCCGAUCCGGCCUGGUUCCGUCCCAGGGCACCGGUGCGGAGAGCCGGCCAAGCAUGGCGGCAUGGGAUUCCCAGUGGGCUCUUGGCGAGGGGGCCAGUCGCCUUCUUUUUAUUUCUAUGGCAUCACGUCCGUUGGUGACGGCAAGUUUGCUACUCAUCUCUCCUACUUCUCGAGUGUGUACGUGAGAACGAGUGUAAGUGCGAGUAUGUUGUGGUUGCUGGAUUGAUCCUCUCUCAUUCCCGUCACGAUCCACUGCCACCAUUAUACUUGGCUUGCCCACCGUCACCCAUUGCGUCCCUCCAAGCGCUCAAGGCACAUCCGACACCAUCUUCCAGUCGCCAUGGCGUCGUCCCUUCACGAGCUGGGUGCUCGCCACAUCCAGAACAUGAGCGAGGCCAAAACCCUCGAGCCGCAUUGGGGCUACGCAGACCGAGCGUUGCCCUGCACCAACGACGCGGGCUCAUGCGAGUACCUCGAUCUCGUCUACUAUGCUCACGACCUUAGCAUGCUCUACUCAGCUAUCUUAUGGGCCACUAUUCUCGGCAUCUUCUUCGUCUGGGCCAUCUACCGACACAUCGGCCGGGCCUCGUCUCCGCCGAUCGCCCCCGAGCUCAGCCCCAAAGCCGGCCUCACCAAAGUCCGCCGCACAAUCGGCGCGGCCACUCGCCAGUACUUCCUCCCCGACGCCGUCCGCUCCAUCUUCGGACGCACUACACGUCUCCAAGUCGUCAUCCUCGCCUCGCUAGUGGGCUACUUGACCAUCUGGAGUUUUGUUGGUCUCACAUACCGCAAGUGGAUUACUCCUGUGAAGGACAUGCCCGGCACUUACAACACCCGCUCUACUCUCGGCCCAUGGUCUGAUCGUAUCGGCGUGCUGGCUUAUGCCUUGACGCCGCUUUCUAUAAUGCUGUCUAGCCGAGAGUCAAUCCUCUCUCUCAUCACGGGCGUGCCCUAUCAGAGCUUCAACUUCUUGCAUCGGUGGUUGGGAUAUGUCAUCUUCGCCCAAGGUGGUCUUCACACCAUUGGCUGGUGCGUCGUCGAGAUGCGACUUUACCAGCCCCAGCCGUCUGUCGGUCUUGGGUGGAUCGUUCAGACUUAUAUGAUUUGGGGCGUCGUCGCCAUGUUCUUCUUGACCCUUCUUGUGAUUCUCAGCACCCCCUGGGCUAUCCGACUGACCGGCUACGAAUUCUUCCGCAAGGCCCAUUAUGUCCUGGCCAUGGUCUACAUUGGCGCCUGCUGGGGCCACUGGAAGCAGCUGAAGUGUUUCCUUCUGCCCUCUCUGCUGUUCUGGUUCAUCGACCGCGGCUUCCGCUUCCUUAGAACCGCCUACCUCCAUUAUCACCACCUGCCCUCCGGCACCAUGGGCUUCAGAGCGGCGCAGGCCGUUAUCACUCGUUUCCCUGAUUCGGAACACGGAGACGUCCUCCGUCUCGACCUCGAAAACAACCAGGACCCCUGGGCAAUUGGCCAGCAUUAUUACCUAUGCUUUACCGAGAGCAGCAUUUGGCAAUCCCACCCCUUUACCCCCCUGAAUGCGCCGGUUGUGGAAAAGGGCAUGGUCAAGCACUCCUACAUUUUGAGAGCAAAGAAGGGUGAGACCAAGAAGAUCACCGAGUUGGCCGCAGUCAAAGCCCAGGGCACUGGAGGCGAGCCUACUACUUCCGUCAUCCUUACUGGCGCAUACGGCGAAACCAUCAUGGACAACAUCAACCUCGACACCAACAUCGUCUGCGUGGCUGGAGGCACCGGCAUUACCUACGUGCUCCCUGUUCUCCUGAAGCUUGCCCGGUCACCGGUCACCCGAGACCGCAAGCUCGAGCUCAUCUGGGCAAUUCGCCAUGCCGCCGACGCCGAAUGGGUUCGCGAGGAGAUGGACCUAUUGCGCAUGGCCCAAAAAGCCCUGAACCUGAAGAUCCGCAUUUAUGCGACGCGUGAUGCUGGUAGUAGCCCCCUCCUCCUCGAGAAGGACGAGACCACCACGGAAACGAAGCAGAUCAGUUCUUCAUCGUCAUCCGCCUCAGAUGAUGCUGGAUGCGAGUGCGGUACGGACGUGCCAGUGGCCAAGACGGGCCACGGCGAAGAAGACCAAGACCGACACCCGAAACUGGGCAAGUUGGUCAACGAGUUUGUUUCCAGCACAAUCCGAGGCCCUACAACAGUGUUUGCCAGUGGCCCCGGUAGCAUGGUGAGCGAUCUGCGGACGAUCGUUGCGGGAUGUAAUUCAGCGAGCAAGGUGUGGAAGGGCGAUGAGCGGUUUGAUGUCAGUCUCGUCUGUGACGACCGGUUAGAGUGGUAAUGAACUGGAGCAAAAAGGCACGUCAGGAUUGAUGAAUUUGGUUUUGGGAUAGUUUUUGAGAUACCACCAUGUUGCACAUUAAAUUGACUACAUAAAUUUCCGAGUCAUCUGAGAGUUCACCGGG